AUGAGUAAUGAAAACAGUAUUAAAAAGCCUCAUGAAUGGGUACAUGAUUACCCUUUCGAUACACUAGAUAUUUUCUACAUGAAUCAAUAUUCCGAAAAUUGUAAUGAAGCCUGUAUUCAAGAAUAUAAAACUUACAUGGACGAGAUAAUUAAAAAGCUGCAAAUAAUUUCAUUAAUAAAUCAAUCAGUUAAAGUUAAAGAAGAUGGAACUAUUCCAGAGUUUUCUAUUUGCAGGGUUUUCGCUUACUAUGCGGGUGAUGAGGAUGCAGAAGAUAUUCAAGAUUUAUUUAAUAUCAAUAUACUAGAUCUUGAUAUACCAUGGGUAAAAAAAAGAACUGAUAUACCAAAGAAUAUAGAAAAUUAA